AUGGAUGUCAGCGAGGUGGCUGAGAAGCUCAGGUCAGAACUGACUUGUUCUGUUUGCUUGGAUCUCUUUGCCCAAGCAGUGACCCUUGACUGUGGACACAGCUUCUGCAGAGAGUGUGUCCUUCAGAGCUGGCAGCAGGCCCAUGUCUCAUGGACCUGCCCCCUGUGCAAGUCAAGCAGUCAGCCCAGAGCCUUAAAGGCCAACCAGCUCCUGAAGGACCUAGUCAGCUUCAUUAGACUGAGAUCUCCUGGGCUGGGCGAGGAGGGUGGUCAGGCUAUCUGUGGCCAACACCAAGCCAUUCAGAACCUCUUCUGUGAAGAUGACCACACCCCACUAUGUGUCUCCUGCUUAACCUCCCUGGAACACGAAGCUCAUCGUGUGUAUCCCAUAGAAGAGUCUGCUGAGACCUGCAAGGGACAGCUGCAGGAAGCCCUUGGUCUUGUGUGGGCAAAGGUGAGAGAGGUCCAUAUGUUGCUGAAGCAGGAGAAAAGGAAGUGGCAGAGGUGUCAAAUAGAGGCUCACAUGCUAAAGCAGGUCAUCCUGCCAGAAUACAUCAAUACCCAUCUUGACUGGACAGAGGCGGAACAACAGAAUCUCCUGGAGGGGGAAAAGAGAAUCAAUGUGAGGAGAUUAGAGACCACCCAGGCCAGAAUCUUCUGCUAUGUCCAAAGCCUCAAGAAGAUGACUGAGGAACUUGAGAAGACUUUGGAGCAGCCAGUCAUGGAGAUGCUCCUGGAAUGGAGGAGCAGUAUGGAAAGGAGUCAGGAGUUGCUGCUACACUGUCCAGAGCCUGCUGCCCUAGGCUGGACUGUGUGCGGAACCACUGGAAUGAGGGAUCUACUACUGGCCUUCCAAAGUCACAUCAGUAUGGAUCCAGAAACAGCCCAUUCCAAUCUCAUCUUCUCUGGAGAUCUGAAGAGCGUGAGCAUUGCCAGCAACUGUCAGGACCUACUGGCCAACCUGCAAGGAGGGGAGGAGGAUCUUCUUUGCGUGCUGGGUGCUCAGAGCUUCACCUCAGGGAGUCAUUAUUGGGAGGUGGAGGUAGGAAGUGAGACGGAGUGGGAAGUAGGCAUCUGUAUGGAGCUAGGAAAUGUCCAGGGCAACAUUUAUGGGGACGUGCUCUCUCUCCAGUACUUCAACAUGGGAGACCAAUUCAAACUGUUUAUCUUUCACACCUUAGAAAACCCUGAGGAAACAGGACCCCUGCACAGGCUGGGCAUUUUCCUCCACUAUGAAGAGGGACACUUGUCAUUUUACAAUGUGACACAGGGCUGCCUGAUCUAUGCCUUUUCCCCUUUCACUUUCCAAGGUCCUGUCAGACCUUUCUUCUCUCUUGGCCUUCUACAGGAAGAGAACCAGACCAACACUCUCACCAUCUGUCCACUGAUCCCUCAGUAG